GCCUUUUUUUUACACAUUUCGUGUUGCCAAAUUAUUUACUUUUAUCACCACUUCUUUCUUUAUAAUCAAUCAUCAAAAUGAAUGGUAUUGAAAUGGAACUGAUGUCUAAUUAUCAGAACGAUGAUGAUAUCACCUUAGUUAAUGUUUCCCAAUCCAAUAAUAUCAAUGAUACUCCAGAUAUCAAUACUCCAAAUCCUAUGGCCGCCGAAAUGACUGCAGAUGCAAAUGGUAAAUAUAGAUUAACUUUAAAUGGAGAAGAAGGUAGUAUGGAAGUUGAAUUAUGGAGUUUUGUCAUGGGAAGGAUUAAAACUUUGAUUAUUUUAGGCAUUCCUUUAUUUAUUACUAUCGUGUUAAGAUUAUGUUAUGAAGAUCAGUGGAAUUUUAUAGCUACUGAGACUAAGUCUUAUAAUUCGGGCUCAACCAUCACUGAACCAUUUGUUACUUAUGCUACUACUUAUAAUGAUGGUUCUGCAAUAAUUACUAAAACAACUUACACAACUACCCAAUAUUCAGAACCUGAAUACGUUUUUCCUGAUUAUUUGAUUGGAGUUAGAAAUUCAAAAUAUCCAAUUUGGUACUUAGUUUGUGCUUUGUUUUAUGCCUUGAUAAAUAUGUUUGCUACUACUUUGUUUGUGUUUUGUGCCACUGGUGAUGGUAUUAGGUUUGUUAAUGGUCAAGAUCAAGGUACUUAUCAGGCUUUAAGGAGUUUACUUGCAGUAAUUGCAUCUCUCACAGCUUAUACACUUUCAAUUCUGAAUUUAGAUUAUCUUGCAGCAUAUCAAUUCUUAAGGUUUUUGAUUUGGUAUACUGCUUUUAUCGCUCUAAUCUGUUAUUUUUCGGAAGAUUGAUAUCAUAUCAUUAAAUAUUAAACUCCAGUAACAAGAACAAAGCGAAUGGUAAAAAAAAUAAUUCAUUGAAGAGGUUGAAUAAAUAUUUCUAAAUUUUGCUUAAAUAUAAUAAAUUAAAAUUUUUUAUUUUUAAAUAUAUAAAUUAUUAGAUUCGUUUUUAAAACGAAAUAUUAAAUAAAAAGAUAGCAA